CCCUAUCCAUCAGCUUUGAUUGGUUCUUCUUGCCUUCGACCCCUUGCUGUAGAUUGUGAUUGUGAACUGCAAAGUGCUCCGUUUCUUGCCUGAGGUGCAAAGAUCAACCAGCUCUUGAGCCGAUUCGCCAUGGCCGCAUCUUCCCUCUCGCUCCCGCAAGCGCUCCCGGCGACGACGCCGGGCGCGCUCCGGCGCGGGGCGCGCCACCACGGCCCGGCGCUACCGGCGAGGAGGAAGUCGCCGGUGUCGGCGGCGUGCUGCGCGGCGUUCCGGCGGAGCACGAGCGGCGGGCGGGGCCAGUACGGCGGCGCGCUGGUGGACGAGGGCAUGUCCGUGCUGCGGCGGCGGAUCCGGGAGGCGCGGAUGGCGGAGACCAACUACGAGGCGCCCGCCGAGUGGGCGGCCUGGGAGAAGCGCUACUACCCCGCCUACGUCGCCGACGUGUCCGGGCUCGUCGGCGCGCUGCAGCUGGCCCUCAUGGGCACCAGGCCCAGCGUCGCCAUCGCCGCCGCCGCGCUCGUGCUCGUCAGCGUGCCGGUCUCCGCCGCCGCCGCGGCGCACCAUCUGGCGAUGGUGGCCGAGGCCGUCCUGCAGUCCGUGCAGCACGUAGCUUGAUCGAGUCAGCCAGUCAGGCCCUGUGUUUUUCUGGGGUCCUUUGGGCAAAUGUGCCCCUCGUACAUACACUAGCUUAUUGUGGAUUUGUGCGUAGUUCGUUUGCAGCCGGAUGCCCGGAUUGAUUGAUAUAUGAAGAAGAUUCUUUAGCGUUGACAGAUCA